AUGGAAUUUAGAAAUCAAACUUUGGUGACUGAGUUUUUAUUUGUGGGCUUAACAAAUUGCUUCCAGCACCAGGUUGUUCUGUUUGUGAUGUUUCUCUUGGUUUAUCUGGUCACUCUUCUGGGAAAUGUGGGGAUGAUCACCCUCAUUUGGAUGGAUUCCCGGCUCCACACUCCCAUGUACUUUUUUCUCAGCCACUUGUCCUUUGUGGAUGUCUGCUCCUCUUCUGUCAUUGGUCCCAAGAUGUUGACAGACAUCUUUGUGAAAAAAAAAGUAAUCUCUUUCUUGGGUUGUGCUGCCCAGUUAUGGUUUUUUGGUCAGUUUGUAGUGACAGAGUGUUUCCUGUUGGCCUCCAUGGCUUAUGACAGGUAUAUGGCCAUCUGUAAGCCCUUGUUGUAUACACUCAUUAUGUCCCGGAGAAUCUGUGUGCAGCUGGUGGUAGGGCCUUAUACCAUGGGUCUUAUGAGCGCCAUAACGCAUACGACGUUUGCCUUUCGCCUGCCUUACUGUGGUCCAAAUACCAUCAAUCACUUCUUCUGUGACCUUCUUCCUGUUCUCUCCCUGGCAUGUGCAGACACCCAGGUCAAUCAGGUUUUACUUUUCAUCUUGGCUGGAGCUCUAGGAGUGCUCAGUGGUGUGAUCAUCCUGGUUUCCUACAUUUACAUCGUGGUCACUAUCUUGAGGAUCCGCUCUGCUGAGGGGAGGCGCAAAGCCUUCUCCACCUGCUCUUCACACCUGACUGCUGUCUCCAUCCUGUAUGGGACACUCUUCUUUAUCUACGUACGCCCCAGUUCUAGUUUCUCCCUGGACAUCAAUAAAGUGGUUUCUGUGUUCUACACAGCCGUGAUCCCCAUGUUGAACCCCCUUAUCUACAGCCUGAGAAACAGAGAGGUCAAGGAUUCAUUCAGGAGGAUGUUUGAGAAGAAGAAUCUUCUUCUGAGUAGGUAAACUAGAUACCAUUUGUACUACAGAUUGAGAGGUGAUAUAGACACAAGAUGCAGGGCAUGGGCUGGGUGAUGGGAGUCCUACUUUUGUGUUGAGAUUCAAUUUUUAUUACUGUGUGUCAUUGAGAAGUCAUACAACAGCUGUAGGUCAUGAUGUUCUCAUUCAAUGUUUUUAUUUCUCAAUUCACAG